CACAUGACUAUUGGUGACCGGUAAAUUUAGACCCCUCCAGUUUCGGUGGAAAACGAGAGGGAUCUCGUAUAGGCCUUUAUCAUUAUGUUAGAAGAAUGGCGAAUACUUAGAUGUAUUUUUGUGGUUGUCAUCGUCCAGCAGUGUCGGGGCGAUACCACAUCUAAUCUAAGGCUUGUUAAUUUGGUAUAUCGCCAUGGUGACCGGUCUCCAAUUGAUGUGUACAAAGGAGAUCCCAAUGGAAAAGAUCAAUGGCCCAACGGAAUGGGAUGGCUUUCCAAGAUUGGUAUGAAUCAGCAUUAUGAACUUGGUCAGUGGUUAAGGAACAGAUACAAUGGUUUCCUGAGCAGUGAUUAUAUCCACACAGAGAUAUUGGUGACAAGUUCUGAUGAGGACCGCUGUCUAAUGAGUGCAGAGUGCAACCUGGCUGGCUUGUAUCCUCCUGCUAGUGAUCAGAUGUGGAAUAACAACAUCACCUGGCAACCGAUCCCCAUCCACACAAAACCGAAAUAUGAGGAUAAUCGUAUAAAUAUGGGAGAGGAUUGCCCAUCUUACACGGAGCAGUACGACGCAGACAUGAGGUCACCUCCUAUUGCUGCCAUUGACAAGGCAAACCAGGAUUUUUACAAGUUCCUGUACAAUAAGACAGGAUGGGGACCUCAGAAUGUCACCACCCUGUGGAAGAUAGCGGACCUUUUUCUCUGUGAGAAAGCCCAUGGACUGAAUUUGACAACAUGGGCAUCAGAAGUAUGGAAGAAUGAGAAUAUUACAGUGUACGAAAAGCUGCAUUAUCUUGACGACAUUGCCUUCAGAUUACUGUUUAGUGGGCCGAAGAGUAGAUUAAAGGGAGGUCCUCUGCUUAAAGAAAUCAUUGAAAAUAUGAAUCGUCGUUUGAAGGGCGAGGCACUUCCCAAACUGUAUAUGCACUCCGGGCAUGAUACUACUGUAGCGGCCCUGUUAACAGCUCUCGGACUGUUUGAUCAUGGCAGGAGUCCUCCUUAUGCUGCAAUGGUAGCCGUGGAACUGAGGGAAAUCAUCACCUCUCGCCCUCAUAAAUACUUUGUGAAUGUCUUUUACAAAAAUAACACAGAAACAGCCUACAAACUAGCCAUUCCAGGUUGUAAGAUAGACUGUCCAUAUGACACAUUUCUCAAUUUAACAAAGAAUAAGAUUCCGACCGAUUGGGAGAAGGAAUGUGGGUUGACAGAUAACUCUGGAGACAAGAAGAAAGGCAUCUUUACCAUUUCAACUAUAAUGUCCAUCGUCCUUGGCGGCCUUCUCCUGGUCACUCUCAUAGUUUUGGUGGUCACAUGUCUACGGGCGCGGAGAGGGAAUGACGGAUUCAGAAAAUUUUUAGCAAACAACGUGUGAUUCUGUGUAUUACAUAAUGUAUCAUUGUUUUUUCUUGAAACAUCAAAGAAAUGUUGUAUUUUACCAUGAUCUUGCUCAAAUAUUUUUACCUGUAUGGGUUUCAUGCAGAACAGAUUUUUUGAAAAAUGUUUUUGCUGUCAUUUUUCAUUAUAAGUCAUGUAUUAGUGUGAUUUAUGAUCAAGAAUUGUAAAAUGCAUGUACCAUUCUGAAAAAAAAAACUUUCUGAAGAAAAUGUUGGCUCGCAACAGACUUGGGCAUUUUUCGUUUCUGGCAGCAGUAUAUUGUCAGUGUAAAAACUUUGUUAAAGUCAAAAUUAUCACAAGUGCCUAAGUUUACAUAAUUGGACCUUGAGUAUACUUAUAUCUUUCACAUUUGAAUUUCAACAAAAAUUGUUUGCUUAUUGCACGUUGUUGAUAGAUUAGGCCAUAUUAAAGCUUCUGUUAGGUCUAUUUGAUGCAAGUUGACUUAUUCUAAAUAAUGUCGAAGCAGAGACCCACAAUAUAUAUAUAUAAUAACGUAUAACUCUUGUUUAAGGUUAACACACUUGAGUAAUUGCCAAUAAAUAAAUGUGAAAUUUACAAAAAACAAAAGAAAAAUGAUAAACUGAGCUAUUUUUUCAGUGGAUUGCUAUCUACUUACUGUGAUAAAGCCAUUGAAUGAAUGUAUGAAUGCAAAUCUUCCUUAUGCUUUCAAGAAUGCUGAUUGUCAAAACUCCAUCCCAUGGUGCUCUUUUUGUAUGCUAUCAUAAGCUCAAAUUUAAACAUUCCAUUAAUCUAUUUCCAGUUUGGUUAUUCUGUUUUGUUUAUGUCUGUUUUGUAAUCAUAUUCCUGUAUUGAUAUAUAUCUAAGACGCGGGUAAGAAUGGAGUGCAGAUUUACAUCAUUGAUUCAAUAUACAGUUUUAAGAUAUAUAUUGUUGAAAAAUUCUUUUUGUAUUGCCCUAGUCUCUUUUGAAAAUCAGGAUUUAUGUUUACAGUUGAAAAUGAUUUUUUUAUCGCUGUCUAUGUCACUUUUGAAAAUCGAGGAUUUGUAAACUAAUCUGUAAUGGAACAAGGAAAAAUAUAACUUAAAUUUCCACUGUACAGGUACCUCCUUAAACUGCCCUUCAUCAAUGUACAUGUAACAUACACACUGUAAAUUGUUCAUACAUUGUAGAAUACACCCUGAAACUGUUCAUACAUUGUAGCAUACACCCUAAAACUGUUCAUACAUUGCAGCAUACACACUGAAAUUGUUCAUACAUGGUAAUAUGCUCCCUUAAACUGUUCAUUCAUUGUAGCAUACACCCUAAAACUGUUCAUUCAUUGUAGCAUACACCCUAAAACUGUUCAUAGAUUGGAGAAUACACCCUGAAACUGUUCAUACAUUGUAGCAUACACCCUAAAACUGUUCAUACAUUGUAGCAUACACCCUGAACUGUUCAUACAUUGUAGAAUACACCCGAAACUGUUCAUAAAUUGUAAUAUUCACCCCGAAACUGUUCAUUCAUUGUAGAAUACACCCUGAAACUGUUCAUACAUUGUAGCAUACACCCUGAAACUGAUCAUACAUUGUAGAAUAAACCCUGGAACUGUUCAUACAUUGUAACAUUCACCCUGAAACAGUUAAUUCAUUGUAGAAUACACCCUGAAACUGUACAUACAUUGUAGAAUACACCCUAAAACUGUACAUACAUUGUAGAAUACACCGUGAAACUGUACAUACAUUGUAGAAUACACCGUGAAUCUGUUCAUACAUUGUAGAAUUAACCCUGGAACUGUUCUUACAUUGUAACAUUCACCCUGAAACUGUUAAUUCAUUGUAGAAUACACCCUAAAACUGUACAUACAUUUUAGAAUACACCCUAAAACUGUACAUACAUUGCAACAUACACCAUGGAA